UGUCCACCUUCAAUACCCUCUUCGUCGCCGGCCCCAGCCCCCUGUCGCUCCACCCGCAGCUUCUCCUCCGCCUCCUCUCCGCCCUCUCCUCCACCGCCGCCUACUUCCCUUCCGCGCUCCACCUCCUUCGGCUUGUGUCCUCCCGCCUCCCCCUCCCAGCGCCGCUCGUCCUCGCCUCCCACAACCUGCUCAUUGAGGCCGCCGCCCGCUCCGGCCACCUCGCCGUGUCGCUCUCGCUCUUCCACCGCCUGCGAUCCCUCCACGUGUCGCCAGACGCCCACACCUACCGCAUGCUUACCCAGUCGCUCUGCCGCCGUGGUCAGGUCCGCACUGCCACUACCCUGCUCGACGAAAUGCUGCACAGGGGCAUCCCUGCCGAUCCUCUGGCGUACACCACCGUGCUCAACGCCCUCUGCCGCAAGAAGCAGCUCCGUGAGGCCUACCGAUUGCUGUGCCUCAUGCGAGGCCGCGGGGUCUCGCCUGACAUUGUGCACUACAACACCGUCAUCGUCGGAAUGUGCCGUGAGGGGCGGCCACUGGAUGCCUGCAAGGUGAUUGGUGAUAUGACGGAUAGUGGCUGCAUACCGAAUGCAGCGUCGUAUGCAGCGGUGGUGAAUGGGUUGUGCGUGAGUGGGUUGUUUGCCAAGGCAGAGACAUACUUGGAAGAUAUGGUGGGUAAAGGGAUUGUACCACAUUUUUCGGUGUUCCAUUCGGUGAUCAAGGGGUGUUGCACAGUGGGAAAGGUAGAGGAGGCUGCUAGGAUGAUGAGUCGGAUGCUUGAUCUUGGGAUGCCUCCACAUGUUGAGACAUGGAGUUCAGUGAUCAGCAGUAUUUGUAAUGACGAGGACUAUGUUGAGGUGAUUUUGUUGCAAAUGCUGAAAGGAAGGGGGCGCUGCUCGAAGACGAUCUCGAGGAGUACCUUGUGAUGAUGUUGCGUGGUGUGGUGGCAGAGAUUUAAGAAGCAAUCAGUUUGUAGUUCCUCAUUUUUGGUGAUGAUAUAAACAAUCAGCCUUGCUGAAAACAAAUGACGCAGUGCAAAAUGUGGACCACGAAGGCAUAUUUUCUGCCAAAACGCAACUGCAGGAGAAAGCAACCUGUUUGGCAAAGGUGAGAUCCUGGUCGUAGAUCAUCUAAGGGCAGCUGCCGCGGUGGUGAUCACAAUGCUUCACUUUAAUCCAGUACAGACAGAAAAGAUAGUCCCAUACUACUUGGUUGCAAGGUGUGCAAAAUGCAAAGUAGGCGUGGAGCUCAUAGUUGAGGAAACAGAGGCUGUCAACCGGUUGGAGUCAAGAUCAAGAUGCACAGGAUGAAGAUGCCAAGAGUCCAUCCUAGUAGUACCUGGUGUCGAGUCCUGCUGGAUACAACGUUCUGCUCAAAGGAAGAUGUGGUCCAGUUGGACAGUACGCAAUGGUCGCCACUAGGGUCCAGGGCGAAGUCCCAAUGAAAUUAACCUCUGCAUGCAGGUGGGCUUGAGAUGUUGCUGCAGAUCUACUGCAUUCAAAUAGAAACAACAUGGAUCAAGUGAGGCAAAAGAUGAACUGUAAAUGGCACCCUCCUGUUCCUGGAGCCGUUAAACUGAAUGUUGAUGCUGCGUUCAAGGCAACUGAUGACCAGGGAGCUAUUGGAGUUGUUAUUAGCGAUGAAAAUGGGAGAGCGGCGAUUUGGUGCUGGGGCUCAGAUGAGCCCGGGCGUGAACAGUACCGCGAUUUGAAAGGGAAAAGAAGUUCAUAAAAUUCUAAUUUUUUUUGGGUGCAAGAUGCUCCUGUGCAUGAACUCCGUGCAAAAUUUUGUGAAGUUUGGACAUUCGAGGAGCUCGUGGCAAAAGAGACAAAUUUCGGAUGUUUGAGAAACUUUUGAAAUCGCACUGUUCACGCCUGAUUUUUUUUUUGCCACGAGCUCCUCGAGUGUCCAAACUUCACAAAAUUUUGCACGGAGUUCACGCACAGGAGCAUCUUGCACCACAAAAGAAAUUGAAAUUUUCUGAAUUUUUUUUCUUUUUAAAUUGCGGUACUGUUCACCGGCUCAUCUGAGCCUGGCUCUGGGUUGAAUUAUCCUGAAAAUGGCAGCCUCAUUGCAGCUUGAUGUUUCUGGGAUGAUUCCACUCCUUGUUGUGUUGAUUGCUGAAGCCUGUGCUUGUGGAGAUGGAGGAGCGCUGAUGCCUGAAAUCUGAAUAUGUUCACAAUUGCUUUCACUUUUGUGUUCAGCAGCGGAAAACACAAAUGCUUUCA